AUGGGCGACGAGAAGCGGUCGGCUGUCGUCAUGGCCGCUACCACGGACGCGCCGAGCGUGACGGAGCAGGAGGCGGCCAGCGCGCUGCAGGCGCGGCAGCAUCUGCGCCGCCACUUUGGCUACCUCCCGAUCCCGAUCGCGUUCUUCCUCGUGUUUUGCGGCAUGGCGCUGACUCAUGUGCCAAUCAACAAGAUGUAUCCCGCCGAGACGGGUCUCUACUCGGCCUUGGUGACCACCGGAACGGACGCGAUCACGACAGCAACAACGAUGAAGUACGGCAACAUUGGCAGCCAAAGCGACGUCUUUUCGUGGCUCACCGACACGUUCAUCCCGACAACGUUCGUCACGACCGACUACAACGGCAAGAACCUCACCAACGCCGAGUUCUUCCGGCGCAUCCAGCUCUUCCACUCAAUCCUCGGGGCCGUCGAGUUUCAAACGACAUCGGCGAACCUUGUCGCGUGCACGGGCUCGGGCCCGCUCCAGACGAUCUACCCGCACUGCCACGACGUGGGGGACGUCGUGACCGAGUACUUUUACCUCGACGCAGGCACGACUGCGACCGAGGCCGCGGCGCUCGUGGCCGCCAAACAAGCCAGCGGCUCGUGGCUCAGCCUCGCUACGACCAAGCUCGACAUGACGCUGGCGACGUACGACGGCGAGCUCAAGAUUAUGAACAUCGUCACGUACGCGCUCUCAUUUGGCCUCGGUGGCUCCAUCCACCUUGAGAGCGAUAUCGUCGCUGUCCCCACCGACCCGUACGAUGGCGCUGGCCCCAUCGUGCUCGACGUCGUCGUCGGUCUCUUCUUCCUCGGGACGCUUUUCGCAGAGGUGCGCCGAGGCCGCCAGCGCCGGCUGCGUGAUUUGGUCGGCUUUUGGCACGUCAUCGAGUGGGCGUCGCUCGUUGCGAUCCUCGUCUUUUACGUGCUCUGGGCCAUCCUCUGCUCGUACAUUUACGACGGCGACUUUACGAUCCUCCUCACGGCGGUCGGCGCCAGCGGUGCAAGCUUCAACCACGGCACGAACGCGACGAGUGCGCGCGCCAACCUCACGCAGCUCACGGGCCGCAUCAAGCUCAUGGGCCAGGUCAUGACGAGCGUCCGUGUCGUCGCCAUGGUCGUCAUGCUGCUCCUCGUCACCCGGAUUCUGAGCGCGAUGCGCUUCCACCCGAAUCUGAACGUGCUCACGUCGACGCUCGCGCGGUCGCUGAGUCUCUUUGGUCCGUUCUUCGUCGUCUACGCAGUCUGCGUCGCGGGCUUUGUCUCGGCGGGGCACAUCCUCUUUGGCGCGCGCCUCCGCGCGUUCUCGACGAUCGGGUACGCGAUCGUGACGGUCAUCAACCUCUCGUUCGGGCAGUUUGACUUUGCUUCGAUCGCCGACAUCAACUACUACGUCGCGCUCUUCUACUACUGGAGCACGCUCAUCGUGCUCUUCCUCGUCCUCUUCAACCUCAUGCUCGCGAUCGUCCUCAAGUCGUACGACCAAGUCACCGAGACGACCGCGGCGAACCGAUCGGUCCUCGCCGAAAUGACGGUCGUGGCGCGCCAUGCGUUUGGCGCCGACAAGAUGGCAGCGCUGCACGCAAAGCUCAUGACGACCAAGGCGGCAUGGAGCGCGAAGGAGUUGGCGGCGGACCUCGGUAUCUCCGAGGCGCGCGCGCUCCGAGCGAUCCGCGACGUCAAGACGCUCGCGCAGGUCCAACGCGCGCCAGAAAAUCUACAACCGGUCGACGACAGAGACAGUAGUGUCGCGCGCCUCGAGGCCAAGAUCGACCGCUUGGAAGAGGCCAUGACGCAACUGCUCGUUCAGCUGCAAGCCACAAAGCCCGUCGAGGUCGACGUGUAAUCAAAGCCAUUGGCAUCGACCUGUUGAGACGCGAGCGUCAAUGAGCAGCGUUGUUAUCCCA